GAAUUAACGCUCGGUAUUCGACGAUCGAGCUUGACGAGUGCGACAAUUGUUUCCUCCGGUUGUACGGGAGUGGGCACUGCUGUUAGGAACGGCGUGCUGGACUAAGGACACUCCUUCUCGGAGCCCCGAGAAGUGAGUUUUUGCAAGUGAGGAUAUUAUAAGGAAAAAGGAGUACAGCAACGAGCUGUUUGACAUCCAAGAUGCCGCGAUUUGGAGCCGGCUUUGCCCGGUUCAUUCCGAUGAUCGGAUACCACCACGUGUUGAUGCUAAUUAUCGCUGUUGUCAUUAUUCUUCUCUCAUUGUUAUUGGCGGGGUGCUCCUCAUCAUCGCCUCAAAUACCUACAAUCUUCCUCAUUUCGAUGUACUAUGAGCAUUAUGACCCGGUUUUUGAUCUGGCCCAGGUCCAACCAAAGACCGUGUCAGCCGUGGCAAACAUUGUGCAAGGAGCUCAGCUGGAAGUUCGCGUGGGAUAUUUCGGAAUUUGUGUCCAGCCUGACGGUGGAUCCUACAUCUGCAAUAACAAUGCGACCGCAUUAGCAGAAAUUCUUACAAUAGACCAAGAUCCGCUGAACCUCGUCUGGGUCGCAUCAACGUUCAAGGACGCCGUUGUUUUCCCAUACCUGAUCAUCAUUGCUGUCAUCCUGGCUUUCUUCUGCUUCAUCGUUCUCGCAACUUUCCCUGGAUGGCACGAGGAAACUGACCCUAGCGGGUCUGAAGUUGAAGUAAAACCUUUCCCUUCUCGCCCUGUAUCACAGGUCGCCCUGGCCUUGAUAUUUGUUGCGGCCGUAUUCGUGCUAGUGUCCGUACUAUGGCAGCAUACAGCAUCUGUCGGUGCAAGCACAAUAGCUCAAGAUCUCGGAAACGGAAGCGUUAAAAGCGGUGUCGGGACUUCGGCAAUGGUGCUGGGUUGGUUUGGAUUCGCUCUGAUGGUGAUUGUGACGAUAGGAUUGCUAGUCAUGAUCCUAAACCUGCGACUAUUAAGGCAGUUAACCGAUGACGAGCCUUGAAGCGCAAAGUCCAUUUCCUUUUAGUUUCUUUUUUUUCACCUCUCGACUCGAUGCACAAACAAUACCUCGAUUCCCACGACAUCAACAUGACUAC